UUCUGUUGUUGUUGUUGUUGUUUUUUGUUUGUUUGUUUUUUUUUUCUGUUUGUUGGAGAGGACGGAAGCAAAAGUACCAAGACAAGUGUAAUUUAUAACCUGCUCUCAAAGACUUUUUUAAGAUGAUUUGUAUCAACAAUUCAAGAAAAUUAUAUUUUUUUCAUAGGUGGCUGAAUAAUAACGGAUUGAGAUACUUUCCACAUCCUUCUUUGUCCUACGAGUUGAGGACAACAUUGAAGUUUCUGCACUUGGAACAUAAUGAAAUUGAAUCGUUGCCAAGCUACCACAAAGGCGACUUUCCACCAGAACUAGAAAACCUACACGGCCAUCUGAAAACGAAACACAAACCGUUUGAGAAGACGCCAAACCUCGUCAAACUUUUUUUGCAUUCAAAUCGAAUCUUGGGCAUUGGAGAAGAAGACUUGUGGAUGCUAAGCAAACUAAAUGAGCUUUUCCUCAGCGCAAACAAGCUGGUGAAUUCCUCUGUUCACCCGGAGGCGUUUCGAAAUCUCACAAAGUUAUCUGUGUUGCAUCUUGACUGGAAUAAGUUCCACUAUGUUCCUCUCGCGAUUCAAGGAAAAAGCCGACUUCCAUCAGUGGAUAGCUUGGACGUGCGUGGAAAUAGCUUCACUUACAUCUUGAAGGGGACGUUUGCGGGAUUGGACAAGCUGAGAUAUUUGCACAUGCAGUACAACAAAAUUGUCACGAUAGAAAAUGGCGCGUUCAAUGAGAACAUUAAGCACAUACACAUGCAAGGAAAUCGCUUCAACUUUAAACACGAGAAUCAAUUUACCAACCUGACAAAACUGACAGAGUUAGGUUUGAGGGAUAAUCAAAUUCGAACAAUCCCAGACACGGCCUUCCACGGACUUAAGAGCUUGAAUUAUCUUGACCUUGGCAAAAACAAGAUCGGUCGAAUCCUAAAGGUGUCGUUUCGUGAUCUUGCUAAAGUAGCCACACUGGAUUUAGAUCAAAAUGAAAUAGCAUUCAUUGAAGAUGGCACCUUUGCAGGGAUUCUUCAAUUUGAGCGCUUGAAACUCCAAUAUAACCAUCUGACGUCUCUUCCAAACGGCGGUGACUUCCACAACAAGGAGAUGAACCAGAUAAACUUUUCAAAUAACAGAAUAACAUCAAUCGCUAACGGUACAUUUGUAAACGUGCGAUGUAUCAGCGAGGGAUGUCGCACAUACGGUAGAGGAACAAUAUGGAAUUUUCAUAACAAUGAAAUCGCGUCAAUCGACAGUGGCGCCUUUCAAACAUUCGACGGUCCAUUUUGCACUCUUCAAUUUGGAAGCACGGUCGCUGACAAAAACUUGUUGAAGAACAUUGGCUCCCGUGCCUUUGACGAUGUGAAGGCUUGCUAUAUAGACCUUAGAAACCUGAAACUGCAAAAGAUCGCUUCCGAAUCGUUCAGGGAUGUCAGAGUUAGCUUUGAUUUAGAAAUGACUGACAACAAAAUACGAACGAUUGAAGAGAAUGCAUUUCUGAGGAUCGACGUAAGGAACUUAUAUCUUACAAAUAACGCCAUUCAAGCUAUCACGGUGAAGAUGUUUGGUGACAGUGGUUCGACGAUACGAGCAAUUCUGGGCCUCACUAACAACGAAAUCCAAACACUCCACGAAGAUUCACUGAAAGGUGUGACAGUCAAUGGACAAAUACGACUUAGAGACAACAAGCUGGUUUUGUUUCCUUCGAAGGCUCUGGAGAGGCAAGACCCAAGAGUUCUGGAAUUACGUAACAAUCAGAUCCCUUCCAUUCCUGUUGGCUGGCUGGAUUCUUUUAAGAAUCUCAGGCAAUUGUUUCUUCCCGGUAAUCUCAUAACCACCUUAGGAGCCAACUUAUUUAAAGAACUGAAAAACCUCAAAAUAUUAGAGUUACAAAAAAACCGGAUCAGUGUGAUUGAGCCAGGGGCUUUCAACAACCUUGUCAGUCUAGAACGAUUAUAUUUAUAUGACAACCAGAUUGAAUUUUUGCCAACCUUUCCCGAGCUAAAGAAGCUUCAAGAUUUGUGAGUAAACUUUGCAAUGAUCACGAUCGAUAAUAACAAUGGGCUAGAGGCCAUGAAUGACCAUGCGUAUUAUGCAGCUUAGUCCGUCUCGUGUAAUCCUCCGGGUGGGGUACAGCUUUUGGUGACUGACGUUUCGACCAA